UGCAAAAGCCGAAGCGUGCGCGUUGUGCAAAGCCGUUCCUCACCGACUGAAGGGACAUCGUUCACGCCGUCGACUUGGAUUUUACGGCCAGUCAUGACCCCGGGAUUCUGAGCCCCAGGGACUUUGAUACUCCCCAAACUCCGAGGACUGAGAAGACUGGCAUUGCCGUGGAGACGGGGUGGACCUCUGACCAAUCCACUGGACCCGCCAGACCUCCGUAAUGACCCGGAUAUCAGUCAUCCCUCUCUGUCUCACUUUGCUGCUAGUGAUUAGCACCAGGGCUCGACCGAACAAGAAGCCAAAACAAGUUGUGCCACUCAUUGAGUGUGAUGUCCGGGCUGGGAAGGUCAACCUCCCAGAAUUCAUUGCGAAGUGUCCCGUCAACUGCAGGGAGACCAAGCAGCCGGUGUAUGGCUCGGGGACCUUCGCUUCCAUCUCCAGCAUCUGCAAUGCCGCCAUCCACAGCGGUGUCAUCACCAACAAGGGCGGGAAGGUGAUCGUGAGCAAAAUGGCGGGGCAGUCUUCCUACAAGGGCAGCUUCUCUCACGGCAUACGUUCCCUCUCUCUGCCCAAAUGGAGGGAGUCCUUCAACGUGUCAGUCGGAAAGCCAAGGAAGGGAGUCCUGUAUCCGUCUACGCUGGACUACACUCCCACACGCCAAACUUCAGUUUCAACAGAGCUCAGAGAGGCUGAGGUUCCCUCGGAAACCAUCGUCCAGCCAACGGUCGCCGAGCCAACCACAACCACCCCUCCCACUACCAGCGAUGGUCUUGGGGUUGCCCCCAGCAGCCCCCUCCCCACAGUCAAUCCGCACGCUGCCGUCUACAAAGUCCGGGACGAUGGGAGCAGUCACCCGUACGCUGGUGGGAUGGCGGCCACGCCCCGCGCAGGGCGGACCCUAAGCUUACCCGUGCAGUGGCCAGCUCAAGGUAUGAACAGACAGGACCCCCAGUCCGCCCUCAGGAGGCACACGGGAACCUCUUCUGUCCCAGUGUAUAACAGAUUACAGGCUGCAGCACCAGAGAGGGGUGCCCAAGCAGAGCUGCCCAGCCCACCUUUUAUGAGUAGGGAGUGGCCGCCUCCCUCUUACCUGUAUCCAGACUGGUACCCUGCUCCGAGACCACCUGCAGGUACUGAUACUGGUCACACUGGAUACACGUGGAGAGCACCAGAACCAUCAGAGCCUGCAGAGCGGAACCCCAGACCGAACGUCCCGGAGUACGAAAACUGGCACUACGGGUUUGGACCAUUCCAACCAAGGGCAGGAGAACCGGACACCGGCCGCAGUCCACUCCCCGACACGACUCACACCAGAUUUAAGCCCAUCGAUGCCUGGAAAGCAGAAAGUGACCCUUUGAAUACAGGGUUCGGAACGCCGGAGAAUGAGCCGCUGCAGAACAUUCCGGAGCCGGUUUCCCGGGGAGAUCCAAGCUGCAAGGUGGACAUCGCCUUCCUGAUGGACGGCAGCUGGAGCAUCGGGAGGCGGCGCUUCCGGAUGCAGAGGGACUUCCUGUCCGCCGUGUCCCAGGUCAUUAAUGUGGGCGUGGCCGGGCCCAUGAUGGGAAUCGUUCAAUACGGAGACGACCCUGUGAUGGAGAUCGGCCUGAAGGCCUUCCCCAACCCCCAAGACCUGACGGCUGCCAUUGCCAACAUUAACCAGAAGGGAGGGCUCUCAAAUGUGGGUAAGGCACUCUCCUACAUCAACGAGCACUACUUCACCGACGGCAACGGUAACCGGGGCGGGGCUCCGAACGUGGUGGUGGUGCUGGUGGACGGCUGGCCCACGGACCGGGUGGAGGAGGCGUCCCGACUGGCCCGCGAAUCGGGCAUCAACAUCUUCUUCGUCACCAUCGAGGCACCGGACGACAAGGAGAAGCUGAACGUGGUGGAGGCCGACUUUGUGGACAAGGCCGUGUGUCGGACGAACGGCUUCUUCGCGCUGCCGGUGCCCAGCUGGUUCGACCUGCGCUCGGCGGUCCGCCCGCUGGUGAAGCGCGUGUGCGACACGGACCGGCUGGUGUGCAGCAAGACGUGCCUGAACGCCAACGACAUCGCCUUUGUCAUCGACGGCUCCAGCAGCGUGGGCACCGGAAACUUCCGCACCGUGCUGCAGUUCGUGGCCAACGUCACGCGGGAGUUCGAGAUCUCGGACACGGACACGCGCGUGGGCGCGGUGCAGUACACGUACGAGCAGCGGCUGGAGUUCGCCAUGGGCCAGCACGACGCCAAGCCCGCGCUGCUGGACGCCGUCCGCGCCAUCGAGUACUGGAGCGGCGGCACCAGCACGGGCGCCGCCAUCGCCUACGCCUCCCAGAAGCUCUUCGCCCAGUCCAAGCCCAACAAGCGCAAGAUCAUGAUCGUCAUCACCGACGGCCGUUCCUACGACGACGUCAGGGCGCCGGCGCUGGCUUUGCACCGCUCCGGCGUGAUCGCGUACUCCGUGGGUAUCGCCUGGGCCGCCCAGGAGGAGCUGGAGUACAUCGCCACCGACCCGGACACAGACCACUCCUUCUUCGUGGAGGAGUUCGACGACCUCCACACGUUUGUGCCCAAGAUCAUCCACAACAUAUGCCAGGAGUUCAACACCCAGCCACGAAACUGAGGUGUGCUCCGGACACUUGGGCGGGGGGGGUUGUUCCCCAUUUCAGAAAGGGAGGGAGGGGGUGGCAUUUUUGGGAGGGGCUGGGGUGGUCAGACAGUGCUCAUGAUGCUGUCGGUAAGCCAUCAGUGCAGAGACAGUACUUAACAGGAUGUUGAACUCUUUUAAGAUGGCCUCCCUUGUUACAGUGUCAUGGUCCUAGAGGGCAACAGCAUCCAUUUUUAACCACCUUUUCUGGAUUUUUUAUAAUUAUCCACGGUACCUUUGUCUAGAUUGCAUCUAGUUACUGUGAGUUUUGAAAGAUUUGAAAUAGUUCAUCCCAGGUAAGCUUUACUUAAAAUUACAUUUACGCGUUCAGCCUUACCUGGAGCGACCUGCACAGGCAUUGUGAAAAUGGUCAAUCGGUCAGAAAAUUUAAUAGCUGAAACAAAACAGCUUUUAAACACAACAGAAAGGAAUCACCUUCAGAAUGGUAAGGAAGUGCCUGUGAACAACAUAUUCAGAUUCAAAUCCUUGAUGCAGCACAACCUUCAACUGACUACAGAUGAGGUCUUUGUAAAUAGAGACAAACGUAUCACAUUUAUGAAUAUUAUCAAGCAUGCUAGUAAUUGAUGUACGCACACAUAGGUACACAUUUUAUUUGGAUGUCAAGGUCUCCCUUUCUGUUCGGAAGCUUCUUUAGUUAGAAUGCUUUCCGGGGGAAGGAGAAACAAGAUGACAUUUUUAUGAAAAAACACACAGAGCACCAAGCCCUUGUUUCUACCACUCAGUGGAAAAUAAACAAAGUUCAGCUGCACAAAUUUCAUCCAAUCGUGGUCCCAAGGAGGGAAGGGAAGCAGUGUCACCCACUUAUCGAACACAUUCCCCCUUUUUCCCCUCUAUGUACUGCCAUGACUGGCACAGUUAUCAUAAAUGUACAACUUAUUUAUACAGUUUUUUAUGUUUUUUUUUUUUUUGCUCUGUCAUUUUUUGUAUAUAACCACACAUAUACAUGUAAGUUACUGUACUUUUUGCGUAACAACUUUGAAAACAAAAUCAAACAUUCUGACCAGUAUUUGAAAGUCAUUUGUAAUAAAAGUUAUCUGAAAAAAAAAC